CAGAUCAGCCCCACCCAUCCAUCCUCGCCAUCAGGGUUCACUUUGAGUGCCUUGCGUGGGCGACCUGUCCUUAGUUCUGUCCUCACUAUUCUGAUAGGGAGGAACGACACAGGCAACCGGGCAGUUGGAAUAUUACGAUGCCUAUCCGAGUGAAAUCGCGUCCACUCUCCCAGGUUGAGCCGGGAGCGCGGACACCAUCUCCGUACGGGGCCCGCUCCGCUCGAGGUGCCCUCCCGGAAAUAGCCGAUGUCGAUAGCUUCAGGGAUGUUAUCAAAAAGCUAUCACUCUACAUCAGCGACGCCAUAACUCUGCCGAGUACCUUCGAGCAGCUUCGCACCACCUCGGUUGGUGACAGUCUCCGCGUCUUGGUCGACCAUUUGAGCUGCACCUGCACCAACCCUGCCAUCGUGAACGCUCUGCUUGCACUCAAAUGGCAUUACGGAGCUGCCGGUGGCGACAAAGCGCUCAAUGAUGCCCGUGCCAGCAGCUGUGAGAUCGUGGCCUGGAGGUUCCUGACCCAUCUGUCCGAGCGGGAGGCUGUGGACUUCUGCUUGUACGAGAUUCCCGACCCCCAGCAUACCGGAGAUGAUGGUGCCCACGACGAGGAGAGUGGCGACGACUUCGUUGACGAGCACACCGCCCUCCUCAUCCAGGCAUGGACCAACACUCCAGGCUCGGCGCGCAGGACCACUGGAAGCACGAGACGCUACCAGCUGCUGCAGUCCAUCUCGCGCCUGACCAUGACCAUGACGGGCGACGACGCCGAGGAGGAUGACCCGACCGCCCCGUUCGUCAACCUCAAUGCCCUGGAGAUUGCCGCCAUCGCCGAUGCCAAGCGUUUCCUCAGCCAGAACGUCGUGCAGAAGAUCAUCACGGGCAUCUGGAACGGCGACAUCAUUUUCUGGGACAACCUGUCGACGCACGCGACCAAGAAGCCGAGGUUCUACAACCAUCGGACCGCCGACAUCUUCUCCCGUCUUAGGGUGCCCAAGUAUCUGAAGUCCUUCGAGGUCCUCUUUUUCGCCUCCUUUUUAUUCCUCUAUUAUUCGGUGCUCGUGGAGAGAAAUAUGGAGCGGAUCACCUCCCUUGAGGUCAUGCUCUACAUCUGGUUCGCAGGCUUCAUCUAUGAUGAGCUGAGUGAGUGGAUCGAUGCCGGCUCUAUAUUCUACACCGUCGAUAUUUGGAAUUUGUUUGACAUGAUCAUGAUGUCUAUCGGUAUCGUCUUUGCAGCUCUGAGAAUAAUUGGCUUAUCCAGGGGUGACGAGCAUCUCAUCGAUAUUGCAUUUGAUGUCUUGGCGUUGGAGGCGCUGUUCAUGGUUCCCCGGGUCUGCUCGAUUCUCAGCUUGAGUCCUUACUGGGGAACGCUCAUCCCAUGCCUGAAAGAGAUGGGCAAGGACUUCCUCAAGUUCAUGGUCCUCGUCAUCAUCAUCUACCUCGGCUUCCUCACGACCUUCUCCCUCGUCGGCCGCGAGUCGUAUACCUUCCAGCACAUGACCAUGGUCCUGACCAAGAUUUUCUUCGGCUCCUCCUCUGUCGGCUUCGACGUUAUGCACGAGAUCGACCCCAUCUUCGGCCCGCCCCUCAUGAUCAUCUUCGUCACCCUCAGCUCCAUCCUCCUAAUGGGCUCCCUGACGGGUAUGCUGAGCAACAGCUUCUCGCGCGUCAUCACCCACGCCCGCGAGGAGUACCUCUACGUCUACAGCGUCUACGUCCUCGAGGCCUCCACCAGCAACCGCCUGACACACUUCUACCCGCCCCUCAACCUCCUCGCCCUCGUCAUCUUCCGGCCCCUCCGCCUCGUCCUUCCCUCCGACGACAAGUUCCGCGCCGCACGCAUCUUGCUGCUCAAGGCCACGCACCUGCCCAUCGUCGCCGCCAUCCAGCUCUACGAGAUCGUACGCGCACAAAUGUCCGGCCGGGGUGCCGGCGGCGGCAGCGACGACCAGUUCGCCACCUUCAAGGGCCCCCUGCCUCAGCAACAGCAGCCGCAACGGGGCACCACCGCCACCACCCCCGUCGGCGCCGUGCCCAAGAAGCACAUCGCCGUCCGCCCGUCCGCGCACGGCCCCCGCCAGUCUUCGUCUUACCAGCCCGGCCUAGCCGGCGCCGCUACAGACGUCGUCGACGGCGAGGCGGUGGCGGUGGCGGCGAGGAUGAGGACGGCGCCCGAGGGGCAUCAUCACCUGGCGCAGCUGGAGGCCAAGAUCGACAGGCUGACGGAGCUGGUGGUGCGGCUCCAGGCGCAACACUCCGGGUCGUUGAGCGACGUUGGGGUUGGGGAGGCGGCUUGAUCUCCGUCCCGUGUGGAUAAUUCCGCCCCCCGGUUUUUGGAUCUACCGCCGCGAGAUGGUGGUAUCACGGUGCAUAUGUUAUUCGUUGAGAUUGUUUGCGUGCAUGGAGCUUUUGAUUUGCAUUCUACACAUUUGCAUCGCGCUUUAGCGUUGGUAGUUAAGGGGGGUAGCAUAAGCCAUCAGUUUGUCCUUCCACAUGCGCUUCCUUUUUUUUUGGCUUUUUCUUUUUUUAAUCACAUCCACAUUCCUCACCUAUAGCAGGUACCUAGGUAGACAAACAAAUCAACGUCAUCAUCCCUCCUCGGCAUCCAUAUCAUCGCGCCUCCUCUUCCCACCAUCCCUCUUCC